CUUCGUGUGUUCGAGCUACCACAGGUAAUUCCUUUGUGACCCGUAGAGUCGGAGAAACACUCACUGGCAAAAUAUGUGUGUUGACACAACAAGACUCAGAGAUCAGACUCAGCCAGUAACUUCAGCAUAACUUUAGACUCAGCGACGAGUUCAAAUUCGGUAUUUUCAGUCAGAGUGUACGUCAGAUAGCUCCGAACUCGUUUUCAAUCAAGGUGGGAUGUUCUGAUGCUCACUUCAGAGUGUUCACUCUAAGCAACAUCGACAAUGGAGUCACUUUGAAUCAAGACAAAGACUUGCAGAUCAAAGAGUACAUGAUUCUUAACCACCACGAAUCUGAGUUUGGAGAGUAUGCUUUUGCAAUGGACUCAGGCGACCUCAUUGUGUAUGACGUCGAGACCGAUCAAGAAAAGUUCAGCCAGUCGCAGGCUCAUGAGUACCAAGCCUGGACUGUGUUCUGUGACCCCUAUCAGCAAAGUGAGUAAGGUCCUAACUGUAGACAUUGUUUACACUGGUGCUGAUGACACGAAGUUCAAAGGCUGGGAUCUCAGAGUGUCUGGAGUACCCACUUUCACAAGCAAAGAGCACGAGUAUGGUGUCACUUGCAUUCGAGACUGGCUGGGUGACUCCCAUUACUUGGUCACAGGUAAGUAGUUACUCUGAUGUGCAGGCUCGUACGAUCAGAAACUCAGACUUUGGGACAAAAGAGCACUCAAAGCACCAACAGAGACUCUGGAUAUCGGGAUGCAAAUUUGGGAUAUCAAGUAUCACCAAGAUUCUGAAAACAAAUUCACGCAUGUAGGAGUAUCGUGUGUGUGGGACGGCAUGUACUUUGCUGAAGUCCCUUCAAGUGAGUCACUGU